AAUAAUCACAACACACAGUGCACUCUUAUAAAUAUAUUACAUUGUCUUCUAAUGAUUUGUCUUUGUUUAUAAUCUACUAUUGUUUUUCCAUAUGAUCAUAAUCUGUAAGCCACAACUAUAAAUUCUGAGCACAUUCACUCAUAAUAACUAUAGAACAAAAACAACUUUUAACAAAAUUAAAUAUUUAAAUCUAUUCCUUUUACUUUCAAUAAUAUAUAUUUACAUGCUUUCUUGUAUGCUUAAUAAAAUUUGAAGUUCUUUCAUAGUUUGUUUUUCUAUGUACUAUAUAGUAUAGUCAGCAUGAAAUGAAAGGCACAAUUGUCUUUUCUUCUCUACUCUAACACUGUAUAUUCAAGUGAAACUGCUUCUUGAAUGAGGAAAAAAACAGUAGGGUGAGAAUUGAUUGGAUCAGAUUAUGAGAGCACAUGAAUUAAACAAAAAUGAUAUGCACAGAUUAUAUGCGGUAUAAUAAACACUGAAAUGUUUCAUAAAAAACAAAAACAAUUGUCGGUUUUGAUUUCAUGGUGAUUUUAAAUGUCUACAAACAAUUUUCAAAGCAUAUUUACAACAUGCACAACAGGACAAUUCAGUCUUUUUAAAAAACCAUGACUAUGCAUUUAAUUCUGACCACAUCACAUGUGUGGAAAUAUCAUAUUAUUCAACAUCUGGAGGAUGCUUUCUUUGUUAAUGCAAUAGAAAGAAAGAAAGAAAGAAAGAAAGAAAGAAAGAAAGAAAGAAAGAAAGAAAGAAAGAGAGGAGGACCACUAGAGGGAGAUAAAGUCCACAGCGCUCAAUCCUCAUACUUACACCUGCCGAACUUUGGGGGAAAAAAAACAAUGUGUUCACAUUCAUGAUGAGCUUAAAGAAAGAAAUUAAAAACUUGCACAUUUUUGUCACUUUUCUUUUUUUUUAACUAUUGUUUCGUAUUCUACAUAGCAGUUGCAUCCGUAUUUAAAACGCUACGUGGUACCUUGGUUCUAAUAAAACCUUAUAUCUAAAUAAACCAAUAUAAUGUAAAACAUACAAAACUUAUAAAUGUUCUACUGUUAAUCGCGCAUAUAAAAAAUGAUUCCGACAUAGAGGACUGUAUAGCAUCAUCUGAAAACUGGGGAGGAGGCAGAGGUGUUUAAGUCUUGUUGUUUGGAUUGAGUUGAGCUAAUAAUGUCAUGACGGUACUUGAGGCAGUUCUUUAGAGGAGCUGCCCUCAGUCUGCGCUCCUCCACACACAUGUGAUGUGUCCGUGUUUUUCCCAAGCAGUUCCUUCGUUUUUUCUUGUGCAUUUACAAGAUGUGUUCUUAUGGAGUCUCAGGGGUAUUUUUGACUUUUACUCUGCUUUUGCAUUUUCUUUGUGUUCAGUCAAUAAAUCCUCUGUUUCCAACCGCAUCCAAAGGCAUGAAAGUGUCCAAGACUGUUCCUGCUGAUGGCCACAGAAGAGCCAAAUACGGCAAAAGUACAUUGUCAGCAUCACCGUUAUCAGGAGACGUACAGUCACAGCGGGCGAUCAAGGAUGCAAUUGAACCUCAUGAUUACAUGAUCUCCAUCUACAAGACAUUUUCCGCGGCUGAGAAACUGGGACUGAACGCGAGUUUUUUCCGCUCGUCAAAAGCAGCAAACACCAUAACGAGUUUUGUGGACGAGGGUCAAGAUGACCUUUUGAACUCCCCACUGUGGAGGCAGCAAUACUUAUUCGAUGUAUCGACUCUUUCUGAAAACGUGGAGCUCUUGGGUGCUGAACUGAGGAUAUACACAAAGAUCUCCGGAAGCUUCCGAGCGUCUGAGACAGGGCCAGUGGAGAUACAGCUGCUCUCCUGCCAGUCGCACACUGUCCUCGAUUCCAAAACCUUGGAUCUGGAGGAUGCGUAUAAACCGAAAUGGGAGGUUUUUGACGUAUGGGAGGUUUUUAAGGAACGUCAGCGCCACUCCCACGGGACGCGCUUCUGUUUGGAGCUCAAGGCGACGCUAGAUAAUCCUGAGAGGGAUAUCGACUUGCAAUAUCUUGGAUUUCUCAGACAUGGCCGUCCGCAACUAAAGAAAGCCAUAUUGGUUGUUUUCACAAGGUCAAAAAAGAGGCAAAGCCUUUUCUAUGAAAAAAGGGAGAAGAUAAAGCUGUGGGGUUUGGAUAGUCUUGGGAAGGAGAAAGCACCUCACUCGAAGUCCCGACGGAGAAGACGGACCACUUUACCCAACCGCCAUGGCAAGAGACAUGGCAAAAAGUCCAAAUCUAGGUGCAGCAAAAAACCCUUGCAUGUGAAUUUCAGGGAACUGGGUUGGGACGACUGGAUCAUCGCUCCCUUAGACUAUGAGGCCUAUCACUGUGAGGGAAUGUGUGACUUCCCUCUCCGGUCUCACCUGGAGCCGACCAAUCACGCCAUCAUACAAACUCUCAUGAACUCCAUGAACCCCAGCAACAUGCCGCCCAGCUGUUGCGUCCCGUCCAAACUCAGUCCCAUCAGCAUCCUGUACAUCGACGCAGGAAAUAACGUCGUAUACAAGCAGUAUGAGGACAUGGUGGUGGAGUCCUGCGGCUGCAGGUGAUUGGGAAGUUCAAACCAAAGAGGAAAUUUAAAUAAAUAUGUCUUCAGAACACUACUGGAAUGCUAUACUGUAAAUCACAUCUGGAAAUAUGAUUUUUGGACUGGAAUAAAGCACAGAAAUAUUCUUACAUCACUCUUAGUUCCAUUUCACUGGGCAGUUUUAUACUAAACUUGUUCGUGUGUACAAGACAACUUCAUUGCUACAACAUGUUCCUGCUUUAAAUAACUGGAUUUUAUGGACUGAUAUGUAAAUGAUUUUUUUAAUUGUACAGGUAUAAAUUUUAAUUUAUGUUCAGUUACACUAAGUUAUUUUCUCUUUAAGUGCUAUCAUUUAUUCAGUAAUAUUUCACACAUAUAAAUAAGCUAUUUUAUGUAUUGUAUCUAUCUACCUCAUUGUACAAAUUAUGUUAUCAUGAAAAUGUCUUCCUUUGAGAGAUUAACCUUGUGAAAGGUUUUGUAAAUAUUUUAUAAAAAGUAGGAACCACAUUAUUCCUUCAA